AUGGCACUGUACGAAGAUCACACAGAAUGGCACUGUAUGAAGAUCACACAGAAUGGCACUGUACGAAGAUCACACAGAAUGGCACUGUACGACGCUCACACAGAAUGGCACUGUACGACGCUCACACAGAAUGGCACUGUACGAAGAUCACACAGAAUGGCACUGUACGACGCUCACACAGAAUGGCACUGUACGACGCUCACACAGAAUGGCACUGUACGACGAUCACACAGAAUGGCACUGUACGACGAUCACACAGAAUGGCACUGUACGACGAUCACACAGAAUGGCACUGUACGACGCUCACACAGAAUGGCACUGUACGAAGAUCACACAGAAUGGCACUGUACGAAGAUCACACAGAAUGGCACUGUACUAAGAUCACACAGAAUGGCACUGUACGACGCUCACACAGAAUGGCACUGUACUAAGAUCACACAGAAUGGCACUGUACGACGCUCACACAGAAUGGCACUGUACGACGCUCACACAGAAUGGCACUGUACUAAGAUCACACAGAAUGGCACUGUACGACGCUCACACAGAAUGGCACUGUACUAA